AUGUCGCCACGAAGCGAAUAUAGAAAGUUACUAAACUUAAGCGUAAUUCAUAUUCUAUCGAACAAUAAAAAACAAACUGUCACCUAUACUAAAGAAACUGGGAGGAAUAAAGCCGUGACAGCCUUUAAGCUUGAUCCUAGCAUGGUUGGUCAUUGGAUUAAA